AAAUCGAUUUAAUUUUCGACGUAAACGCGUUAUCAGUUAUAAAUUCUGCUUGCGUACAGAUAAAGUGUCAAACUGAUAUCCCAAAUGACGUAAGGUUGUAGUUCUGAAUGUGUAUGGCUGUCCUACCUGGAGAGGUCAUUUGAACCACAUCGGGGAGGCCUGCAGGAAUCCUUUAAACUUUAUUGGACUCUCUUUGGCACCUGAUGUCUGUGGCAGGUUGCAUACCCACCAGUGACCAAAUGGGUAAAACCACCAAACACUGGUUUGCAUCCAGCCAACGAGAAUGUAAAACUAGUACACUAUGUUAUCAGAGAAAGAAAAAGAAGGAAUUAAUUGCAUCCUCCAGAAACUAAGUGAUUCUACACUAGAAUCACUUGUAUUUACGACUACCAAAGGCUUAAUUAAAGCAGAAAGUAGAAAAGAAGCGAUAAAAGCCAUAAUUAAUUACUCGGAAUCGGCUUAUGAGCUAUUGAAAAGAAAAAAAAUCAAGAAAGAAUAUUUAUUUAACUUCCUAAAGGAAAAUAAUGUUAUUAUUUCUGUAACGUCUGAAAAAUGGAUGGUGAUCAAGGAAUGUCUGAAAUUUUGGAAUUCGGAUACGACCCAAGUUGAAGAAAUAAAUGAUGAAUGUAUGGAUGUGGAACAAAUUCCUUUGGAUAAUGACACCACAGAAACUACCAUAAUUUCUGUUACGCCAUAUUCAAACGAUGGACAAACUAACUUUUGCAUUUCUACAAAACCAAAUACGAGCAGCUCUUCUUUGUUACCACACCAGUCAAAUAACCUUCUACCCGAUGCUGACAUUUUAGACGAAAUGGGAAGAAAAUUUUCAGAAUGGUUCUACAACUUAAUUAACAGCAUAAGAGAAACACCCAACAAUUUCACUCCGGACCACUUUUGGCCCGAUUGUACAUUAAAAGUCCAAAUCGAUCAAGUCGGUGCCAUUAUAAAUAAGCAAUUUUCCAACUCCAACGACGUGGCCGCAUACUUAUAUCGUUUAGUUACCCAUGAACAUAUGUUUUUCCACCCUAACCAUUACUAUGGAACACAGUGUGUCACUGAAGUGCACGGCCUGGUGAAGAUCAGAGUGAGUGGAGUGCUCCACCAAGGAGACAAUUGCGUGGGCCUCUUUGACCAGAUUUUCGGCCUAGUCCGUUCUGCAGGGGACGAAAGCAAUUGGAAGAUAAAAUACAGCGAACUCUUACUGAAAUUAAAAGGCACGACAUUGCAUAUUUGCAAUUAACUUUUACAAAAAGAUUUUGUAUUCAAUUGUACAUUUAAAUGUUAUAUG